AUGGUGCUCACCCUGAAGCAGUUCAGCGGAAACGUGCUUGGCUCGAGCGUGUCCUCUCAGCUCCUCAACGCCACAUAUGACUCAAUCCGUAACUGGAUCAAGAAUCAGAGGAUGACCCACCUGCCCCCGGAGGGCAGCGACUACGACAAGGUGCUGGCCUGGGCCCAGCUCUUUAUCGAGCGUCUUCACUCGUUCGACACGGCCAUCAGGGAGCUUGACAGACAAAGCACCAUGGCCGCCCAGGUAGCAUAUGGUUACUGUUUCAUCUUGCUCGAGCUAGGCAAGGAAAACUCCCAGGCCCUCAUGAGGGCGUUCCGAUUUUUCUACACCAUAUCUAUGCCUAUGGUCAACCUCCUGGAGCGUACUGAGCUCUUCAACGUAUCGAAGGAAAUCCAGGAGCAGCUCAUCCUCGCCCUGUCGGAUCUGGUAGGUUUGGUCGGCAGCGUAGCGACGCAUUUUCGCAAUACUAUCGAGGAUGCUAUAAGCAAGCCCGAUGCUUCAAGCAAGCUCGAUACUUCAAGCACGCCCAUCUCUUCUUUCAACCUUUAUAGCACUUUCUCGGAACAAAUUAGAACGUUUAGGGUACGCUGCGAGAGAAUAGGCGAGAUCAUGUGGCGAUAUCAGCUGGUAAUGGCAAAGUUGGAUGCCGAAGCCGUUUCGGAUGCCGAGCUGGUCAAACGUUGGCUUGCUCCUGAGGAUCGCGUUCUAACCAGCGUCGCCGACAGACGUUCAUUGUUGGCUCAUGACCGAGAGGAACUAACCUGUCUUUGGAUCGCUCCCCAUCUGACCAGGUUUCUGAAAGGCGAGAAUAAGAUCCUAUCCAUCAGCGGCAGGCCGGGGUCCGGAAAGAGCGUUCUAUCCUCCGUCAUAGUGGAGUACCUUCAGCGGCCCAUAUUGGGCGUUAACUAUGACGCGUUGUACAUCCCUAUAAGCAAGAGGAUUCCCGUCGAAGCCUCGGCUCGGGCUGUCGCCAAAAGCGUUCUGGGUCAGCUGUUUGAGAAGCGCAUUGGCAACGUCAAGCUCCUCCAGAUACUCUGCGAUGCCCAUGACCAGAGUAAGCACGCCUCCACGUAUGAGGAAUACGACCAAAUCAUGUGGAUGGCCGUGGAGCGGGCACUCGCGACGGCUCUGCCCGGCGCCCGAGAGCUCGUUCUGGUCGUUAGUGGGAUUGAUGAGGCCUCAUGCGACGAAGCCGCCUUGUUUGGGCGGCUCGCAAAGGCCACGGCAAAUGGCACCAAUGUGCGGCUCAUUACCCUCGGCCGGGAGGCGCACUCGCCGGCCGACGGUCUCAUGAGCAUCCAUAUGAGUGAGGAUCUGAUCUUAGACGACAUCAUGGCCGUCAUCCGGAACGACUUCGACGUGGACAGCGAAUUUUCGCAAAUGUCCGAAUUCGAGCAAGAGUCUAUCGUAACGCGGCUCGCCGAGUCUUCGACUGGCUCGUUCAUCUGGGCGAAGCUGGCCACCAAGCGCUUGCGUCGCGCAGUCGGCCUCGAAAAGUUGCGCGAGGCUAUUGAGGAAGUGGUCACGAAAAAGCCGACCAUCAAGGAUUUCGUCAUUCGCGAGGUCCGGUCCCCCAAUGUGAGAGACGAGGCGAGGCAUAUGCUCGUGUGGCUUGCCAUCGCAAAUCGUCCGCUGUCGCUGAAGGAGCUCGCGAUCCUGGCUCAAAUCGACGUCGGCAACGGUACCAUCUCGAACCGGCACAUCGAUGUGCUGUCGACGAUGAAGCAUGUCCAGGGGCUUGUGUUCGUCCAAGACGGUCUGAUGUACCUCCGGCACGGACUGGUCCGCGCCGCCCUCCUGGACAUGAUCGCCAAGGCAGAGCUGGCCCCUGAGAUCACGGACGCGCAGGGAGACCUCGUCGCCCGUCUGCUGCUGUACAUCAAGGCGAAGGUGCCGGAACAGCACAAGCCGUCCGUCACCGUCUUGAACAGCCAUGAGACGGGCCAGUUGCUCGACAACAACCCCCUGCUGGACUUAGCCGUGCUCUACUGGCCCAUCCACCUCACCAAGACACAAGACUUCAGGAGCGGCGGCAAGGAAGGGGCGGCUAAGGCGUUCUCCCGCGUGUUCCCUACGACCAUCACGGCCUUGCUCCUCCAGGCCAGCCUAUGGGAACACCGCCCUACACCGGCCCUGCUCGAGUACCAGAACACCAUCACGGACAUCUACCGCCAGCUCUACCGGGAAAAGAGCGCCUUGACCCUGCAGCUCCUGAUCUUCCAGGCGGUCCUCCACCGUCAGGUUGGGAAGAUAGAUCAGGCGGCUUCCCUCUUCUUCGAGGUUGUCUUGACCGGCAACGAGUUUCUCGGCCCGGGCCAUACCGUCACCAUCCAGAUGGCCAACAGCUACCUCGAGGUGACCGAGUCCAAGCGUACCAGCUUCGUGACCGGGAUUAUGGACAAGCGAGAGCAGGUCCUACUCGUCCUGGUAGAGGGCUACAAGGUGCAGUUCGGCGAGACCUCGACCCAGGCUGUCUCCAUUCUGCGGCAGCUAGAGCAACAUUACCGCUCCGUUCACCAAGAACAAAAGGCCCAAGAGAUCAAGACAAAAAUUGACAGGUCAACGGACCGCAAGAAGCCCGAGGGCGGAGACUAUGUGAAUCCCGACAAUGGUCGAGUUCACCUGUACCAUAUCUGGUCAACCCCUCACGAGGACGGCCAGGCGCUGCGUCUUGAAUUCGAAGAACGUGACGAGCUUCUUCUCGGCGAGUCCAAGUCGUACAACUUCGGCGACCUCCUUGAAAAGGCCGAGAAAUAUGCCGCCAAUGGUGAUGCCGAAUCGGCCGAGCAGACCUACUUCACGCUGUGGCGGUGGGCGAGUGAGGAAUACCGGGUGCAAUACUCGGAAGUCUGGGUCGAGAGGAACCUGCAAACCCUGCUCAGCUACUCCAAGUUCCUGCACAGUCAGCAUCGGACGUCCGAGGCCAAGGGGAUCCUUGUGGGCGUCUGGAAGGAGUACGGUUCGUCCAAGGGCUGGAGCAUCACCGAGACGUCUGCGUCGCUCCUGGUCCAGAUCGCCCAAGUGAUGAAGUCUGUCGACUUGUCUUUUGCGGCACUGUCCCUGUUCCAGCAGUGCGAGCACUACUACCGCGCAACGAGGCGCACAGAGACGUCGACCUACAGAGAGCUUCAGAAGAGCAUCGAGACCACCUCGCGCGAGGUGCUGAAGUGGGUUAGCUCGUCAGAGAGCGUAUAUUCCGAAUUCACGUUGGAGCAGACUGUGCUCGAGUCGCUUGGCUUUUCCAGGAGCGAGACUCAGUUGACGCUCUCGGCGACAAACAGCCUGGUCUCACUCUACAUUUCCCAGCACCGCUGGCACGAUGCCUCUCGUCUCCUCAAGACGGUGCUACGCAGGAUUUGGCCGUCGUUGUUCUCGGCACAUGCGCAAGAAGUCAAGCUGCCCCGGGAGAGCAUCAAGCUGUGUCUGGACCUCGCCGGGCGCCUGGCGGAUUGCUACCACGUGCGCCGCCUCUGGGGCCACGAGGAGAACAUCCGGGUGCGCGUCUACUGUGUCUUGAGGGCGAGCGGCAGAGUCGACGACAAGUUGCGGGAGCGUGCCACGACCGACCUGGUCGUCUUCUACCGCCGCGCGUCCCAGACCGAGUCGCUCAUCGCCCUGCGCCAGGAGAUCCUGGAGGACUACACGACCUUUUACGGCGAACAGCACCCGGCCGUCAUCAAGACCCUGUGGGAGCUGGCGGACCUUGCACGCCCUCGGCCAGUCUUUGUCGAGUAUUACCGCAAGAUCGUCCGCGCCCUUAACAAGGAAGCCGAGAUUAGCACUCCGGAGGCCCUGCCGGCCGUCAUUGUGGUCGCCAGGGAGCUGUGGAGCAGGGGCAUGUUCUCCGACGCCCUGCCCUACUACAGGACGCUGUUCGCCACCUUCCUCAAGGCCCCCAAGACGAGCCCCAAGUUCCAGGACCAGGAGUGGGUGCUCGGGUGCUUCUCCCAGUACACCGACUGCCUGCGCAGCCUGCGGGUGAGCUUCAGUGUCCUCGAAGAGGUCACGUCUCAGUUCCUGGCGCAGUGUAAGGCCCUAUACGGUGCCAAGGCUACCAUCACCGUGCAGGUCACUCUGAUCCUGGCCAGGCUGUACCAGGAGUCCAGGUCGCACGAGCAGAAGGCCAUUGCGCUGUACGAAGAGCUCCUCCAACUGGGAUCCGAGCAUAUCAACCGCGAAGAGAUAUCGGCCGACCUGAAAGUGCUGCAUGACGCCCAAGUGAACGCCAUCAAGUCGUCAGAGACCCGGAGCGAGGUUACGUCGUCGCAACUAGACCGCCACUCGACGGUCCUGCGUGAGCGAAUCGUGUCUGUCCGCCAGAAGUACGGCUGGGCUCACGGGGAGACCCUCUCCACGUUGACGGAGCUGGUGCACACCUACAGCAGACAGGGAAAGACCGAGGCGUUGGUGAGUGAGCUCGAGCAGGCUGUCGUGAACAUCAUGGCGACCGAGACGUCCUCGACGCGGCUCGUCGAGGCGGCCUCGACGAUCGCCUCGCACUACAUGGCCGUCAACCAAGUACAGAAGGCUACAGAGCUCGUCGACCAGGUGUACUCUCAGAUCCUGAUCAAAGAGACGGCCGAUGUCAAGAAGACGAGUCAGGUCGACCUAUCGUCCCGCGGCCGCGAGAGCUUGAUCUUCUUGGCCCAGUUCGAGCACAGCCUCCGUCGCAGCUCGGCCACGCUGACCGAGAUCCUGGCCGACCUGACGACCCAGUACAUCGAGUUUGAAAAGUUCCGCUCUCUCAUCUCGUCCAGCAGCAGCUUUUUGGAUGUCUCCGCAUCCUCUGCGCGCCUUUACCACUCCCUGCUGGUUUCUGGCCGGGACUUCGCGGCCGCGUACGUCUUCUCACGCUUCACUCAGUGGUUCAACGACACGGAGGCCAAGCGCCUCAACCUCAUGGCCAAUCUUAGCACCACCCAGGUCCAGGCCUUCCUGCACAGCCUCCUCGACCACCUCGGGACGCACAAGUCCAGAGACAUAGUCCGAACCGUCGGCAUCAUCGGCAACACCCAGGUCCUCCGGUUGCGGAAAAACGGCCGGUUCCAGGAUGCCUGCGACCUGGCGGUUGCCUGUUUCCACUACAUCGCGGCCCGCAAGAAAUACCGCACCACCACGAUGGCCAAGCUGGUGCUGACCAUGGGCAUGGCAUUAGGGGGGCGAGAGCCGGGUGCUGCGGCGCCGUCUGCUAAGCUCAACGCCGAAAGCAGCAGACUGCUGCUCGAGACGUCGCGGACCAUCCUUCAGAGUGCACUGCAGGUCCUGAUCGACCUGAAUGUCAACUUGGCCAAGCUCGGCAUUGUGCACCUGAACCAGCUGAUCGGCCUUCUCGGCGAGCAGCAGAACUGGCAUGCCCUCGUUUCCCUCAUGGCCAGGCUCUGGAGCAGCCGCGAGACGCAGCAGGAGUGGCCGCCCUCGGUCACCUUUGCCCUGCUCCGCCGCUACAUUUUGGCCCGCUGGCUCGACGGAGACUCCAGGGGCGCCCUGCGCGCGACCGAGCAUAUUGUGUACAACUGCCGGCGCGUCCUCGGCCUGCGCGACCCCAUCACGCUUGACAUGUCGGUCCUGCUGAGCCAGCUGUACACGGAAAUCGGGCAGCGCUACCAGAACCAGCCGCACGCGAGAGGUGACGAGAACGGUGCCGCCAUGGCCAACCGCUACUACCGCAAGGCCGCCGCGAUCCACGAGAACAUCCUGCGCGUCUAUAGCGACCCGGCCUAUGCCAGCAUGGACGACGUCGCCCUCGUGACUCACACCAACGGGUACGGCGGCGCGGUCAGUCCCAGCGGUGACGGCGACGUGAGCCCUACCCUCCAGUUCGACCUCGACCGCCUCCUGGCCCAUGGACAGCAUCUGCACCGCGCACAGCCCGACGCCGGCCAGGUGGUCCGGCAACACCUGCGUCUACUCAAGCUCGCGAUCCAGCGCCUGGGCUCCUGGCCCAAGGAUUACGCCGAGUACGAACGGCUCAGCACCGACGUGUUCCGUGAAUACGGCGCCGACCUGCGGGGUGUCGAAGGCGUCGAGAGAUGGGACCUCAGGGCACAUGGCCGAGGCAGGGCCGAGGCGGACGAUGAUCUGAAUAGCUAUGACAAUCAGAACUAA